AGCAGUAACAGUAGUAGUAGUAGUACUAGUUGUAGUAGUAACAGUAACAGUAGUAGUAGUAGCAGUAGUAACAGCUGUAUUAGUAACAGUAGUAGUAGUAGCAGUAGCAGUAGUAGCAGUAGUAGUAGUAGCAGUAGUAGUAGUAGUAGUAGUAUCAAUAGUAGUAAUAACAUUAUUACUUGUAGUAACAGUAGUAGUAGUAGCAGCAGUAACAGUAGUAGUAGUCGCAGUAGUAGUAACAGUAGUAGCAGCAGUAACAGUAGUAGUAGUAGUAGCAGUAGGAGAAGCAACAGUAACAGUAGUGGUAGUAGUAAUAGCAACAGUAGCAGCAGUAACAGUAGUUCUGGUAGUAGCAGUAGUAGUAGUAACAGUAACAGUUGUAGUAGUAUCAGUAGCAGCAAGAGUAGUAGCAUCAGCAUCAGCAGUAGUAACAGUAGCAGUAUUAGUAGUAGGAGGAGCAGCAGUAACAGUAGUAGUAGUAGCAGCAGUAACAGUAGCAGCAGUCUCAGUAGUAGCAACAGCAGUAGUAGCCACAUGAGUACCAGUAGCAGCAGCAGUACCAGUAGUAGCAGCAGUACCAGUAGCAGCUGCAGUACCAGUAGCAGCAGUAUCAGUACCAGCAGCAGUACCAGCAGCAGCAGUACCAGUAGCAGCUGCAGUACCAGUAGCAGCAGCAGUACCAGUAGCAGCUGCAGUACCAGUAGCAGCAGCAGUACCAGUAGCAGCAGCAGUACCAGUACCAGCAGCAGUACCAGCAGCAGCAGCAGUACCAGUAGCAGCAGCAGUACCAGUAGCAGCAGCAGUAUCAGUACCAGCAGCAGUACCAGCAGCAGCAGCAGUACCAGUAGCAGCAGCAGUAUCAGUACCAGCAGCAAUACCAGCAGCAGUACCAGUACCAGCAGCAGUACCAGUACCAGCAGCAGUACCAGUAGCAGCAGCAGUAUCAGUACCAGCAGCAGUACCAGUAGCAGCAGCAGUAUCAGUACCAGUAGCAGUAGCAGUACCAGUACCAGUAGCAGCAGCAGUACCAGUAGCAGCAGCAGUACCAGUAGCAGUAGCAGUACCAGUAGCAGCAGCAGUACCAGUAGCAGCAGCAGUACCUGUAGCAGCAGCAGUACCAGUAACAAGCAGGAGGCUAGUGGCCAGCUGUGCUGUGUAGUGAUAGGCUGUGUGCUGUGUUAG